AUGGGAGAAAAUCCAGAAAAUCCAACGUUGACAAUUGUGGCAAGCACCCGUACGUAUUCGGGACCACAUGCUAUUGAAUAUGCUAGACGCCAAGGCUUGUGUACCUUCUGCGGUGUCAAUCAAACACACAAAAGAGUCAAAAAGUUGUUUCGAUCUGUGAAAUCGGUGCCGAUGACUUUAAAAAACGAAAAAGGUUCCUACACUGUUUACAAAGGACAUUGCAUCAGUGCCACCUGCUAUCAAUCAGUAGAACAAGUUAAGAUUUUAUUGGGAGAAAUGGAAGACGACCGCAUGCCCAAUAAUGCUCCGCAGUCUCGACAGGACGCUCAGAACCGAAUGAAUUCCAGCAAAAAUAGAGGGAGUGUCAGUUCCUUUGCGGUGCAGCCUUCCUUUUCAGCAUCUCGACAAGCCAGUCGUGUGGGUCCUGGAAAACUGAACGAUGCAUUUCAAAGUGGAAAACUUAGGGUCAGUAGCGUUGGUCUGAAUCAAAGCACCCACAAUAUUCCCAACCCCAACAAAGCUGGCACUGGCACUCCACCAAGACAGCCAGGAAAUGAUCUGAAAAAACCACCACCAAACAGUCUAAAGAAACCACCACCUCCUCUAGUGGGAGAUUCUGGACCUUCCUCGACAUCUGCCAAACCAGCUCCCAAACAAGCUCCCAAUGCAAUCAUGGAAACUCCAGCUCCUCCAAAUGUUGGUUCCCAACACAGCCGAACGGGAGCGGGGUCACAGCACAGUCGAACAGGGGCAGGGUCGCACCAUAGUCGUGGAUCCGCCGGCUAUGAUUCCAAACCAGCCCCCAUGGCCGCGGGCGUCUCGUUGAAGAAGCCACCGCCCGGAUCAGUGGCAGCGGCUGGACCUGUCGACGAGCACCCCGUAGUGGCCAAAUUUCGGACGGCACUAUCAGAGGGCAAUUACAUCAAGUUUUUGAAUGAUAUCGAUCAGAAAGGAAAUAAAGCUGAAAUUGUGGUUGAUGGAUUUGGAGUCUUCCGGCACUUCUUGUCGCAAGAUCAAAUGGCGCGACCGAAUGGAGUGGUACUGGCCGGUCCCAAUUGGAUCAAGGCGGCGACGAUACCCUUUGAACGCUUCAAGAAGCAACCCGAAGUCAUCAUUGCUGGUCUCACGACGAUGACAACGAUAGCCUGCUUACCGGGACCAUACAGAGCCACCUUGGCCAAGCGAUCAGCAGUAGAUAUUGUGCUGAAAACACUGGAUGAAUAUGCCAUGGAAGAAAAUGUCGUCUCGGCAGCAUGUGCUUUGAUCAAUGCACUGUCGACGGACGAAAACGAAGGAUUGAAUGGAAAACACGACAAGGUGACCAUUAUCAUUAAUAGAAUGAUUGCUCUUUUGCAUGCUCCGCAUCAAGUUGGAAGUAAAUAUGCCCUGCAGCCGCUUCGAAAUUUUGCGAGACAACGGAAAAAGUUGAUGGAAACGGGGCGGUCCUCUUGGAUGGAUGUCCAGGAUGGUUUGGCCAACGAACAUGGAACCAACGCUGUUUGUCGGAUCCUCCAGUCGCACGACCUGAAACCUACUGUUGCAGAAGCUGGACUGGAACUAAUGUGGAAGCUGAGCGUACCAUCUGAUGAAUUGGAUUCCAUUGAUAUGUUCCCAGCUACCGAUGACGUAAUCCGUACCAUCACAAAGUGUAUGGAGCUAUUCAAUGCCUACGGAGUCGUCUUGCAGGGGAGUCGAACUCUGGCCAAUCUAGCGCUGCGAAUCAGUUUUCCUUCCAAACAUGCUGCAGCUGCCAUUGCCCCUGUCAAAAAGUUUUGCCGGGAGAAUCCAAGACAAGUGGACGAAGAAAUGGCAACCUGUGCGGUCCAUUCGUUUUGCAACUUUUCGGCCAACACGGCAUCGCGGAUAGCUAUAACCACCAACGCUGAAGCCAUGAAGUUGACGCUUUCAUUGAUAUCAAAGUUUCCAGACAUUCCAGCCAUUGUGGACGUUGGGUGCCUAGCUGUUGCGUAUGCGUGCGCCCAUGAUCUACGAACCAAACACUCUGUUCUUGAGCUCGGUGGAUUGGAAAUUGUCAGUGAUGCCUUUGUCGAGCAUCUGGAAUCAGGAGAGCACGAAUUAAAUUUUGAAGUGAAGGACUCCAUAUUUUGUGCCAUUGCGUCCCUGUCCGGUUGUGCUAGAGGGGCUCUGCAUAUCAAGCAAGCUCCUCUUUUGAACUCCAUUCAACGUGCCUUGUCGGUCGAAAUGGACCCAGACUUUCGAAUGGCACUUGAGGUCAUUAUCGCAAACACAAAUGCAGUAUCAUCCGAGGACAAGAAUGCCGAAGUCAAUUCGGCCCCAAAAACUCAGUUGCACCAACAGACGAAUAUGUUUGCUAAUAUGUUGCAAAAUGCCAACCGUGAGCCAUCCGUGGUGGCACUGUUGAAAGAUCUGUGUCUGCUGGGAGAGACAGGUCUGGAAUGCUACAACAACGAGGGAUUCGAUGAACUAAUCUCAAUGAUGAGUCAGAUGUCAAACUCUCGAGAGGUUCAAGAAUAUGGUUGCAAGGCUCUGGGCAUUGCAUUUUACUACCUUCCAUUUACCCAUAUUGAUUCUCCCAGCCAAUUGCCACAAGGGGGUUGGGCUGUCAUCUACCAACGACAGACUAUGGAUUGUAUACAAAACGCCAUUCGGAUUCACCAGAACAGCGUUGCUGUGCAACGUUAUGCAUUCCGCGCACUGAUAAAUUUUGUGGCUCCUGUCUGCGAGCUCGAUGAGCAAGCUGUAGAGCGGGUAGGAGUAGGGCAGUGGCUUGAAUCGUGCUUGAAUGAUGUUUUGGAUUCCUUGAAUGAAAACCUAGCUGACGUUUCAUUACAAAAACUGGGGAUGGAGCUGUUUUGGAUAAUAUUUUCUACCUUGUCACCUGAAGUUUUGCAAAGAUUCAAGAUGCGAGCCUUGCAGCAAAUUUUUGACACAACAAGGCAGGUGAGGGAGGAUAGCGACCAGGUUCUGAAGCUUGCCUGCGAUUCUUUGAUGGCCUUGCAGAAUGAUCCAGAAAGCUUGGACUUCAUGGGUGAGUCGAUCAUUGUCCAACUCCUAGACACUUUGAUGUCACCCGAUUACGAUCUUGUUGAAAAAACUUCAUCUGUCUUGGCCAUUCUGCUGAAGAAUGUGUUCAUCGCUAGUGGUCAUGCGAUGCAGUACCCAAACGUAACAGAUCAUCUUGUAUCUUGCAUGAACUCGAAUCGAAGCAACUGCAAGAUUCAAAUCAAUAUGUCAUCGUCUCUGGAAUCAUUGAUCAAUUUCGAAGAUGCGAGUUUGCGUGCCAAGAUUGCGCUAGACGGAGGGGUUGAAGCCCUUUGUGACGCGCUUCGAGUGCAUGGAAGCGACCCAAGGCUGGCUGAAUUUGCUUGCCGCGUUCUAUUCUUGGUGGUUCCGAGCAGUGGCAACCAUGUCACAUCGAUGAGAAACAUGAUCGGUGUUUCUUUGAUCCAAGUCCUACACACGCAUAUGAAUAGCGCUGAUGCCGAAGCAGCUGCAAUGGACGCGCUUUGGACGUGUUGCGGUCAAGACGACUACUUCAAGAACGAGCUAAUGCGACAAGAACCUUUGACUGCAACCAUAAAAGUGAUGGAACAGCAAUUAGGUUCGGCAGAAGUUCAACGAGCAGGAUGCAGCCUUCUAGGAGUAUUGAGCAGUCAUGGGAACCGGGGAAAGGAAAUAAUUGGUGGUUUUGGGGGAGCCACAGCUGUAGUCAACGCUCUGCUUGCCCACACCCAAUCGUCUUCUGUCCAAAAGGAGGGCCUUUGCGCUUUAAGGAACUUGGCCACCACACCAGAAAAUAAGCGAGCGAUCGAGCAAGCUGGAGGCGAGGCGGCAGUCCUCUACGCACUCUGGGUCCACUACAAGAAUCCUCAAGUUGUCAGCAAUGCAUACUCUGCCCUGAAUAACAUUGCAGUUGAUUCCGCAACCAAGUCAGUGAAGCUGAUGAACGAGAAGACCUUUGAAAAUUGCUCUCCCGCUAUGAGAAGAUUCCCAAAAGACGAGGGCGUGCAGAAGAAUGUCUGCUUUUAUUUGAAAAGCUGUUCCCACCUGCCUGGAAAUGUCGAGACGAUGAGUCGGUAUGCAGGUAAACUGGUGUUUUCACUACAGAUUGCUGCGAAGAACUUUCCAUUGCAAUGUGGAGACCGAGCAAAUAGUGUCAUCGGCAAGCUGCAGCAAAAGGGUUAA